CCCGGCGGUCGGCCGAUGACGCAAGCGCGCGCGCCGCCGCUCGCCCGCGCCGCACACUCCGCCACGGGCCGUCCGCGCGACAUGACGCGGCGCUUCACGCGGCAGCAGCUGCGCGCCGGCAGCGCGCUGGUGGCCAUCGACAACGAGGUGUUCGACGUGAGCGGCUUCCUGCACGAGCACCCGGGCGGCGCCGACGUGCUGCUGGCGGCGGCGGGCGGCGACGCCAGCGAGUGCUUCCGCCGCGUGGGCCACAGCGAGGACGCGCUCCAGCGCCGCGCGCGACUGCGCCUGGGCGAGAUGGCGGAGGCGGAGCGCUGGCCGCCGCCGCCGCCGCCGGCCGCCGCCGCGCCCGACGAGCCCGACGCGCCGGCGGCCGCGCUGCUGUCCGCGUGCGGCCCGCCGCUGCUGCUGGCCGCGCUCGCUGUGCUGGUGUACGGGUAUCUCUUACCGUAGGGCUGAUCGUAGACUGCUGAACGGUGACUCUUGAUAUAGGACCGAGAAAAGAACACUCGAAAGUUAGGUUAGGUAACCAAUAUCCAUCCAAGUUUUAAAACUACAAAUUGAUAUAAACUUUUAACUAGAACAUCAACUACAAACUGUAUCUCAAACAUUUUAUAAAAUCUUUGGUCCAACUAAUAAACAGGGUACAUGAAUAAAAUGCACCACCUAAUUAUUAUUUUAAUAAUUUUGAAAAAAUCUUUAUGGUGACCAAGUUAUAUUUUUAUUUUUAUUAAAUUACCAAUGUAUUUUGUACCACUUUUUUAUAUUAUGUUUUAUUUGUUUUGUAGAAAAAGCUUUAAAUUAUUUUACUCAUAAUCUGUGCAAAAAAUAAAUAGAGCAUUUUAUACAAUAAAUUCUUCAUAACGUUGUCAGCCUAUUUAAACGGCAUAUAACAAGGACACAAUCCUUGUAGGAGAGGAGAUUUUCAGUGCGGGUUGGUGGUCUUAGUAUGAUAAUGCUUAACCACAUAACAAUAAUUUUCAUAUGUUAAAGAUGAUGACAAGGAUUAACGCAUUACCGUGAGCCUCAUAAAAUAAACAGAGAUGCGUCAUUAGUUAAACAAAUCAGCAUUUGAUACACUUCAGAUGCUUCAGAUCUGUGAGUAGCGUAGUUUAAAAAAAAAUUAAAUUUAGGAAAGUAGGCAGAUAUUAUAAUACAUUUUGAAGAAAAAGUUGAAAAGUGCACACGUAAAAAAGUAUCUUAUUACAUUGGUUAUUCAGUCUGUAAGUUGAAAAUAUACAGAGGCUGUUUUAUUAUCAAAGCGCACGUAUGUCAUACGACGUUUUAUAACACAUUUGCGAGAAAGCACACUUUGAACAACUUUCUGAAAAUGAAUUUGCAUUUUUGCCUGUUUUCCUUAUGACAUUUUUAUACGCUUGUCUUUUUUGCACAGAUAACGAAGUGCGUGCGCGAAGCGUUUAUUUGUUUUAGACAAAUGCACCAAACCAGCCAGUAGGUUUUAGUAAAAAGGUGAAUUAAUAUUUUUGUGUUUCUGAUACAGAUAAAUGGUUGACAUUUAUUGUUAAAAUUGUUAAAAUUAAAGAAUUAAAUGUUUUUUUAUUAUAUUUCAUCUCAAAAAGUUAAUUUUAUUCAUAAAAUGUGGAGCACUUUUCUGACAUAAAAACUCUGCCAAGAUUUAAAAAAGUACCGUUCGCUUUUAGACGGAUGAUAAAGGUUUUAUAUUACAUUAGGGCACGAGUGCAUUUUACUUUACAUUACGUCACAUGUGCGUAAUGAGAUACAUAACGAUAUUGAAAUUGGUAAAAUAAGCGAUACUUUACGAGCAAAUGUGUUAUAGUAAAAACUAUGUAGUAGGUAAACGAUGUCUCUGCGAACACAUUUUACCAAUGAUAAUGUAAUAUUAUUGCAUUUUACCCGUUUUAGUAAUUAAUUUUAUAUAAUUUAUUACGACUGAUGUAUACAUACAUAUAAUGAUAAUUAUUUCACAUGAAUGUGAUAGUAGUAAUAAAAGCUUGUUUGUGUUUCUAUAAAUAAAAUAUAAUUGUUAUUUACAAUAUUACGUUUUACAUUAAAUAAUUAAAUUAAAUACUAAACUAAAACUUACCUAUAAAUAAAAUAUAAAAACAACA